UGGAUGGGAGUCCACUCCGCCCUCCACCCCCUGGAACUUGGAACUCCCACUUGGGACAGGCCAGGACCCCCUGGACUGGGAGAGAGAGACGGUUCCACCUCACUGACGAAAGACGUGGGUGUGCGGUGGCCACCAGGAACUGUAGAGCACAGAGCAACAGAGAGAGAGAGAGAGAGAACAAGACUCCCACCCGUCAAAAUCGACUACUACCAGGGUCGUCGACUAACUCAAGUUAAGGUGAUAAUACCACGGCAAUCCCCAGACCCCGACGUAGACGGUGUUCUUGUUCCCAUCUCUUCCCCUCGACUCGACUCUACUCGACUUUAUACCAUUUACAUUAUUCCUCCUACUCAAAUAUCCUCUCCAUCUCAUUCAUUGUUUUGCGUUAAGUGUGUGCGUGGGUUUGAUUUACGGUCUGGUCUAUUUUUACUUUUACGACUUGCUUCUACUACUCUUGGAUCACCAACAUCAGCAGCAUCAACAACAACAACAACAGCACUCUACCACAACCAAAAUAAUUCGUCAUCACCUAAUCUGAUACCUUCCUUGGACCGUUGAGCUCUCGAACGUUGCUGCUUCUCCACCCUUGUCGCUCAAUUUCAUCCGCAGCAUUCCAUCCAACGCGAACUCGACGAAUGACCUGACUCACAUCCAGUCAGCACAACCAGAUAACGAUAUACCGACGACUAAGAACGAUUAAUUGCAAUUGGUCAAUUUGGAUUGGAGUCAUCACAUUGACCUCAUCACUCUGUGUUGACAAGCAAAGGUAAGCAAGAGGAAGAGCCAAGAAAAGAGAGUCGAAGGCGUCAGUGGCAGAUUUGUUUGCAAUUGUUCUACACACUCUAUUCAACACAGCGCAGCACAACCCAACAUCGUUCCAUAUUGUCUUAUUUCUCCCCACAACCACGCAGGUACUGUACGUCGGCUGCAAUGCACAGACGGGCUUGAGGCAUACAGGCUAUGCACAUGGGCGGAUCGUGCCGCAGACAGGCAUGACAGGACUGGACCAUACUGUACAUGCAAUGCACUAUUCAGGCGAGACAAGUCACGAGGCGUUGUGUUGGGUCCAAGAGAUGAUUGUUGAAUGACUUUGACAUGGGAUGAUAAGAGCAUGGGCAAAGCAAUGCGCAUCAAAGCAAAGCAAAGCUACGCUACGGAAAAUAUGGGCACCUCGCGAGAAACCGUUCAAGGUGGACGUUGAACGAGGCGGGUGUGCUUGCUUUUUUGGAGCCUGGGGGUUCACAGAGGAGCAACGUCUUUUUUUACGCCCUGAAGCCCCCUCUAAAACGUCUUUUGCCAGGUACCUGGCGUGGCCGCUACAGCUACGCCUUGCAGAAGGUCCCCCCCUGCGAUCCUGAGCAUUCCAAUUCCUCGACAAGUCCUCCAUGGCCCCCUCCAACCCUCUUGACAUCGUCUCCCUUCAUUCCAUCACAUUUCCCACAAACAAUCAAUUGAAUUCGCGACUUCUCGUCCCCAGGUGACUUGCUAACAUUUCUCUUCUUUCCCAGCCAACCGAGUUCCCCUUCCUCCAUUUCCUGUUGCUGGCUGUGGUGCAGUUCUAUCGAGUUUGAUCCCAACAUCAUCACCACCACCACUUACACCAUCGUCGAUAUCGAGUUUUCGUUACUCCAGCUUCAUCAUCAGCCUGCACUGUUCUCUUGGAUAUUCAGACACGACUGCUUGUCAAGAGAGAAAGGGAUAGAAGAGGACUGAACAGAAAGAGCCGGAUCAUUUCUUGGUUCGAGUGGUUGUAUAAACCCACCGGCCGAACCGUUGGUCCCCCGAUGAUCUAAACGGCGACAUCGAUUGUCAGCGGCAAUCGCACGCAAUGUUUAGCGACCAGCCUAUGCGAGCCAGUCUCCAGGUGGCUCCCCUUGCCAUCGCCAAAUCACGAACUGAAUCAUCUGGAGAUGCUUCAUCGACCUCAGAUAACGACAACACUCUCUACUCACAAUCACAAAUGACACCCCCCGCUACACCAAAUGGCUCGCAGGAGGAUCUCUCACCUUCACCCCAGUACAUCCCUCCCCAAGUCUUCCACAACUUCCUGCGAGCCUUCUAUCCUUUCAACCCCAGUUAUGUUAUGUCCGAUUCGAGUGUGACAUUACCUCUGAACGAGGGUGAUGUGAUUCUCGUGCACUCUAUUCACACCAAUGGAUGGGCUGAUGGCACAUUACUUAUCUCGGGCGCCCGAGGAUGGUUGCCGACCAACUAUUGCGAGGCUUACGAGCCUGAUGACAUGUGCAACCUUCUAAAAGCCCUCUUGAACUUUUGGGAUCUGCUUCGAAGCACAUCAGUCAAUGAUAAGGAGAUCUUUGGCAACCAGGAGUUCAUGAAGGGCAUCAUUGCUGGCGUUCGAUUCCUAUUGGAACGAACAAACUGUCUCAACCGAGAGUCUACCCAUAUUCAAAGGAACGAUGCUCUGCGCAAGUGCCGCAAGUCUCUUCUCUCUGAACUAUCGUCCUUGGUCAAGACAGCAAAGCGAUUGCAAGAGACACAACGUCUCGAAAUUGCUCCCGUUGAAGAUGUGAAUGAUAUCAUCGAUGAGAUGAUCCUCAAAGCCUUUAGAAUUGUAACAAAGGGAGUUCGGUUUAUGGAUGUGCUCGAGGAUGACCGAAGGGCACGUGCGCCUUCAGCUGUUACUGUUAUGGAUACAGUGCUCGAAGAAUCAUACGUGCCGCCAACACCACCCGCUGAUCAGUCUUCCUUUGAUGAACAAAGCCAACGCAGCACAAACAUAAAUGACACGGAUUCCCAAGCUGCCGCCAGCGUCGCUGCCUCUGAAUCGAGCGAGACUACUCAAACAUCAACAUCCAUCUUCAACAAGCGAUUAUCGUCACUCAGUGGUCGUACUGGCCCGAGCUCUCACAGGUUGUCCCAGGGAAGCCUUUCGCAAGCUCAAGCUCACCGCUUGUCGGCCACUAUUUCGCACCGAGUGUCUCUUGCUGGCCCAUCGUCAGUAUCAAGAGCCCAUCAUCUGGUUACUGAGCGCCUGAACCGCAGCCACGACACGUUCCUGUCCCAUCUGGGCUCCUUCAUCGGCCGCCUGCAUCUCCAAUCACAGUCGCGCCCCGAGCUCGCAUCAGCGAUCCGGCAGUCUGCGCUUUCAGGUGGAGAAUUGCUGGCAGUAAUUGACGGCGUCUAUGACCACAUCAACUCCAGCUCUGAGGCUCUUGCCCGAGCUCGAUCCACCAUGUUCGCCCGAAUCCAAGAUCUAGUCUUCUCUGCCCGCGAUACCCUUGUCAGCGCUGCCUCUGAAGAUGCCGAUUUGAUUAUGCCCCAUGACAACACAAUGCUCCUCGCAUCCGCUACGGGCUGCGUUAGGGCCGCUGGAGAUUGCGUUGCCAAGGCAAAAUCCGCUAUCGAGCGCAUUGGCGAUUUUGAAUUCGAGCUCGAGACUAGCAGCCUCGGAAUUGAUCUCAGCAUUCUCGAUAUCGAUACUGAGGAGCGAGCUAGGACCCCAUCUGUUUCAGAGCACAAUGACGCUGUCAGCGUUGCCGGCUCCAACCGAACCUCCAAUUCAUCUAACGGACAUGCUCGUCGCCUCACUGUUGUCGCAAUUGACAAGCCUCUUCCCGAGGUUCCCCAGGUGACCACACCUGCUGAUGAACAGACCGCUCACCCUUCACCCACCUCUUCACGACGCUCGUCAGUUGCUGACGACAACGUCUCCAGCGUUGCAUCCUCCAUUUCCUCCCUGCGACCUUCUCUUCCUCCCCUUCCCAAGCUUUCUACCACUCACCUUGCCAACGAGGAAUACAGCCCUGUUGAUAACAAUGAUAACGACUUCAACUCCUCUUCUCGGUUCGACAGUAUGGUUGCUUCAAGCGCUGGCAGCAGUGCCACAUACCUCAGCCGUGACUCCGAGGUCAGCAUGGUUUCGCAGUCUUCCACUCGAGCUACCACUCCUGAGCAGAACCUUGCCCCUCAGAAGCAGCCUUCGCUGUCGAAUUUGAGUAACGGUGGAAGCUCGGAGGAUGUCGACGUCGAGUCAAGACUUAUGGAGAAGACUUUUGCUCACGAGCUCAUGUUCAACAAGGAGGGCCAAGUUACUGGCGGCUCUCUCCCCGCUCUUGUCGAGCGUCUCACAACCCACGAAUCUACUCCUGAUGCCAUGUUUGUCUCUACCUUCUACCUCACCUUCCGCCUCUUCUGCACGCCGAUCCGACUGGCUGAAGCGCUUAUUGAGCGAUAUGACUACGUUAACGACUCCCCUCAUGUGGCUGGACCUGUCCGUUUGAGAGUAUACAAUGCUUUCAAGGGCUGGCUCGAGUCCCACUGGAGGGACGAGACCGAUCGCGAUGCUCUUGACCUGAUCAUGCCCUUUGCUGAACACAAGCUGGCGUCCUCUCUGCCUUCUGCUGGCCGACGUCUGUUUGAGCUUGCUCAGCGUGUCUCUGGCGAGGGUUCUCUGGUGCCCCGACUUGUCUCCUCAAUGGGCAAGACCAACACCUCGAUUGGUCAAUACGUGCCCGCUGAUACUCCUUUGCCCAUUCCUGCCAUCACCAAGGGCCAACUCAACCUUCUCUCUGCUUUCAAGAUGGGUGCCGCCCAGCCAAGCAUUCUUGACUUUGACCCCCUCGAGUUGGCUCGCCAACUGACCAUCAAGCAAAUGAACAUCUUCUCUUCUAUCCUUCCCGAGGAGCUUCUUGCUUCUCAGUGGAUGAAGAAUGGUGGCGUCGCCGCUCCUAAUGUCAAGGCCAUGUCCUCUCUCUCAACUGAUCUUUCCAACCUCGUCGCUGAGACUAUUCUCCAGCAGCAGGAGGUUAAGAAGCGUGCUCAGGUCAUCAAGCAAUGGAUCAAGAUUGCUCACCAGUGCCUUGAGCUCCACAAUUAUGACGGUCUUAUGGCUAUCAUCUGCAGUCUCAACAGCAGCACUAUUAGUCGUCUUCGAAAGACUUGGGAUGCCAUCUCCACUAAGCGCAAGGACAUGCUCCAGAACCUUCAGGAUCUGGUCGAGCCCUCUCAGAACAACAAGGUCUUGCGAACAAGACUCCACGACCAUGUUCCUCCCUGCCUACCCUUCCUCGGCAUGUACUUGACCGACUUGACAUUUGUCGACAUUGGCAACCCUGCCACCAAGCAAAUGUGCCUGGGUCCCGAGUCUGAGGAGGAUGGCAAUGGUGGCAUCACUGUUGUCAACUUUGACAAGCACACCCGCACUGCCAAGAUCAUUGGAGAACUCCAACGGUUCCAGAUUCCCUACAGACUUACCGAGGUACCUGAUUUGCAGGACUGGAUGUCCUCUCAGAUCAGCCAUCUCCGCAGUGAGGAGGGCAAUGUCCAAGUCACAUACUACCGCAAGAGUCUCCUCCUUGAGCCUCGUGAGACUGCCAGCCGACCUCCAGUGGACUCUUCCGCUGCCUCCAUCGGUGGCGUUGGAGGUGGCCGCCCUGACCUCUUCAGCUGGAUCUCCCGCGACCGGGGCACCUCGACACCAACUCCUACCCAGAUAUAAGAUUUUGCUCAUCGCAUCAGAUCCCUACCGGACUGAACAGCAAUUUACCUUCACCAUUAUCACACGCACAUAUUACCUCACACCAGUAACUACUUCCUCUUUGAUACCCCCCAUUUUUGUUUGAACUUCUUUCAGCAGAUGGGAAACAUCGUCAUGUUCCUUAUGACCUCUAUAUCCAUCAGCACAACGGCGUUAUUUACAUUUGGGUCUGAUAAUUUAUGUUUUACGGUUUUCAACUCGAUUCCCAUGGGUGGAACUUGUUCAAGGAUCUUAUCACGAAGCGUGAGCGCUGGGUCCUUUGAGGUUCGACACUCACAUCAGAGAUCGUCGACCUCCCUCCAAAUUUCAGGGUACAGCUCAUCCCGCAUUUUUACAUUCUACUUUCUCACAUUCAUUCUCUUCCUGGUUUUUGCAUCCCUGUAUUAUCUCUUCAGGCGAAGAUGGGGCAGGGCGGUGGAAAAAGGAAAAAUAACUUCUGGGCACGGGUGCAUUCGAAAAGGGCUUGCAAACGAUUCAUGGGUGCCUGGGUUGUUUAUAUUUUUUUCCUGUUCUUGGGUUUCCUUUUAAUGUAUUCUCAAACGCCGCCGGCGCGAAAACGAGCGUAUCUGAUUCUUACUGUAUGAAAAAGAGACGGCAAGCCUGUCGUAUCAUGUUUGUUAUUCAUCAUUGAACUUCUGGGAAAGGAGUCUGGUGAAUCAAGGACUGGACAGGCAGGACAGGUGACGGAAAAGAAAGACAAAACGAAUGUAUUCUGCAAUAGAAUAGGAAGAGCAAAAAGAAGAAUUAGGAUCUAUCGUCCUUGAAAUCUGUUUCCCUCUGCCACUACGAUGUGAUGUGUCUACCAAGUUGAGGUGACGACUCUAAGCCUACU